AGAGAGACGGGUGCUGUGCGCACGGGAGAAAGCAAGAUAAGUGUGGGGGUGCGCACUUUUCCGCUCGUUUCUCGUGUUGUCUCGUUUGACUGUCCGUUGCAGCGCACUGCGCACCCACUCCCUCUUCCCAUUUAUAUAUUCGCUACUCCAUGUCAAUGCUCCCUCCACCACUCCCCAUGCAUCAUCUCCCUUAGAAAAAAAAAAUCUUAUAAAUAGAUUUCCCUCCUUGCAUAACCCCAUUUCCUCUUGCAAGAUUUUCUACUCUCUCUCUCUCUCUCUGUCUAUAUCUCUCUGUUUUGGAGAAGGAUUUCGAUGGCAGUACAGGCACAAUACCCGUCAAACGCUUUCAGCGUACGGAAUGGCGUUUUUGAAGAGCUUCAGAUGCAGUUUAUUCGUGAAAACCAGAGCGCGAAUCUUUUGAGAGGUUACAGUAAUCAAGCUGUACAGCAGCAGAUAUUGCAUGGAACAGUUUUCAGUGAUCAGGAAAGCGAGUUAACCUGCAAUGCGUCGGGAUCGAGAAAGAGAAAUCGAACUGAUCAGAUGACUUUAGGGCAACAACAGCAUUUCUGGCCUUUGGUGAACUUGCCGAAGGAAAAAAUCACGGCUGCUGAAAUUCCUCUCGGCGUACAGCUCUCGCACGAAGAAAAUCGAUUGCAUGAAUCUGCAGCGACUUCGACGAGCGGUCGAUCUGCUUGCGUUUCUCCAUCGCCUCUCGCGCAAGAUCUUCUCUCCUGUCUCUACCAACAAAACAUCGAAACCGAUGCUUUCAUCAGACUCCAGAACGAGAAACUUCGGUUGGGAUUGGAUGAGACGCGCAAGAGGCAUUUCAGAUCUCUGCUUUCGGUGCUGGAGCAGCAGGUCUUGAAACGGCUGAAAGAAAAGGAGGCAGAGCUCGAUAACGUCAGACGCAGAAACGCUGAGCUGGAAGAAAAGGUUAAGCAGUUGAGCGCAGAGAACCAGAUCUGGUGCCACGUGGCGAGGAACAACGAAGCAAUGGUCUCGAGCCUUCGCACGAACCUCGAGCAAGUCCUGCUCCAGAAUUCGGGGGCAGCGAAAGAAGGCUACGGUGACAGCAGCGGUGGGAUGAUGGUUGUGGCCGACGACGCGCAGUCGUGCUGUUACGAAGGAGAGGAAACCGAUACACAGAGAGCAGAACGGGAGAAUCGGGUCCUCAAGUAUCGGAAGACGUGCAAGGCGUGCCGGGAGAACGACGUAUCGGUUCUGCUGUUGCCGUGCCGGCAUCUCUGCCUCUGCAAGGACUGCGAGUCGAAGCUUGAUUCAUGCCCGAUAUGCAAGUCGACGAAGAACGCCAGCGUGCAAGUCUUCAUGUCGUGACGUUUCGGGUACGGGGAGCUACCUGCAAGUCCGGUACGUGCCGGUUGCCGAUAUGUAGAACUGUCGUUUCGGAUCCUUCUUUUUUUCUCCUUCGUUUUCGGUAUUUUCAGAGACAGUAAAGCAACUGAAUGUACGGAUAUGCAUUAUCACAGUAUAAGAACCGAUACCGAUAUUUUGUUGCCGUC